GUGCGUAUAGCUGCAAAAUUCAUCACUCAUGCACCCCCUGGAGAAUUUAAUGAAGUAUUCAAUGAUGUCCGGUUAUUGCUUAACAAUGACAAUCUUCUCAGGGAAGGAGCAGCACAUGCGUUUGCACAGUACAACAUGGAUCAGUUCACUCCGGUGAAGAUAGAAGGCUAUGAUGAUCAGGUCCUCAUCACAGAACAUGGUGAUCUGGGCAAUGGCAGAUUUUUAGACCCAAGAAACAAACUUUCUUUUAAGUUUGACCAUUUAAGGAAAGAAGCCAGUGACCCCCAGCCUGAGGACACGGAGUCAGCUUUAAAACAAUGGAGAGAUGCCUGUGACAGUGCACUGAGAGCUUAUGUGAAAGAUCAUUACCCCAAUGGCUUCUGUACUGUUUAUGGUAAAUCUAUAGAUGGGCAGCAGACAAUUAUUGCCUGUAUUGAGAGCCACCAGUUCCAGCCCAAAAACUUCUGGAACGGUCGUUGGAGAUCAGAGUGGAAGUUUACCAUCACACCACCGACAGCUCAAGUGGCUGCAGUGCUCAAGAUCCAGGUUCAUUAUUAUGAAGAUGGCAAUGUUCAGCUGGUUAGUCAUAAAGAUAUCCAGGACUCUGUACAGGUUUCAAGCGAUGUCCAGACAGCUAAGGAAUUUAUUAAGAUAAUAGAAAAUGCAGAGAACGAGUACCAGACAGCCAUCAGCGAGAACUACCAGACUAUGUCCGACACCACUUUCAAAGCCUUACGCCGGCAGCUGCCCGUCACCCGCACCAAGAUCGACUGGAACAAAAUCCUCAGCUACAAGAUUGGCAAAGAGAUGCAGAACGCUUAACGCGGGGAUAGGGAGAGUCACGGAACGUUUGUGUGCAAAACCAAGCGUGGUCCUAUGCCAAGUAGAUGGUUUCGAAACCAGUGCAGCGUUUUUCUAGGGCUUUCAAAGCUAUCAGGUUUUCUAGCCUCAGAACUGUGGAACAAAUAGCGUGUCUUUGUGUCUCGUGUUCCCCGCGCGUAAACCUCCUGUUGUGACUGCGUUUACUGAUAGCUCGUUUCAAUUCAGCCACAUUCAUGGGUCAGAAGUGUAGUUGUUUUUAAUCACUGAUUGUACUGGUUGGAAAACUUCCUAGCUGGAAAAGCCCUACUAUAAAUACAGCUGAGGGUGCAGAGCGUUCCCUUCACCUGUAUACAGCAGCCCAGGUACUCCAGCAAGUUUGUCAAAUCUGCCAACAGCUCAAGGCAUUUUGCUGCAAGAUGUAAUAAAUGCAAAAGACAGUCAGUCCUCGUGUAUCCUUAUUGCUGACCUCCACAAAGCAAGAAGCCUGCAGGCUUAGAUUUUGCUAUAUAAAAUGAGUUUACAAGAUCC